UGUGUGUGUGAGUGUGUGUGUGUGUUAUCAGUGACGACACCUCAGUGUAAACAGCCAUGGCUGCCCUGCGCAGGCUGAUCUCUUUACUGGCUACCAGCUUCAGAGCAGCAGGGAGACAACAAACCUCCUCGGAGGUUAAAGCGACUAAAGCGCUGAGAGUGAUCGCAGCUGGAGCCGCUGCGGCCGGAGCUGCUGCUUCCUAUUAUUAUUACCGGCAGUAUUACAGCUGCCCGGUGGUCGGUAGGCGCUCCGGGCUGAAGAGCCAUGUCGAGGCUCGACUCUUUCAUCUGGCGCUGCCAUCAGUCUCUGCCACCGAUCAGGGCCGGACCUAUGGUCUGGAUGAUGGAGACGUGUACAUGUCGUCCAAUGAAAACAGAUUUCGCCUGUUCAGUUCUGUGGAGCACGAGGGCCAGCUCUUCAUGACGCCACUCAACUUCAUCGAGUCCGUCUCUGUGAAUGAACCCAAGAGUAGGAGAGCAUGGAAGUCCCUCACAAAAAAGGACUUAGAGAAGAUGCUGGCUGAUACCCCGCCUGUUUGGAAAGGAUCAUCCAAUUUGUUUAGAAAUCUUCGUGAACGAGGUGUCAUCAGUUACACAGAAUACCUCUUCCUCCUCUGCAUUUUAACAAAGCCCCAUGCAGGCUUCAGGAUUGCUUUCAACAUGUUUGAUGCGGAUGGGAAUGAAAUGGUGGACAAAAGGGAGUUCAUGGUGCUGGAAGAAAUUUUCCGUAAGAAAAAGGACAGAAAGGAAGUUGCUGAAGACGUGCAAAGAUUUGACCAGCAGAGCCUGCAGCUGUACGGUCAACGCAAAUCCCAGCCGCACAGUGUUCUUAAAAAAGACAGUCAGCAUGUGGAGGCCCGGGGCAUGUGGGAUGUUCUCAGACGUGGCACAAGUCAAGUUCUGUUUUCUGAUCUCACCGAGAAUGUGGAUGACAAGACAGAGACGACGCUGCUGGUGCAUUUCUUUGGGAAAAAAGGCAAAGCCGAGUUGAAAUUUGAAGAGUUUUACAAGUUCAUGGACAACCUGCAGACAGAGUUGCUCGAGAUAGAGUUCCUCUCCUACUCCAAAGGCCUGCCCACCAUUGGCGAGGAAGACUUCGCUCGGAUCCUCCUUCGCUACACCAACGUGGACGACGUCAGCGAGUAUUUGGAGAACGUGCGCCACAGCUUGCCGGAUGAAAAGGGAAUCACCUUUGAGGAGUUCAGGUCCUUCUUCCAGUUCCUAAACAACCUGGAGGAUUUCACCAUCGCCAUGCAGAUGUACAACUUCGCCAACCGCUCCAUCGGUCAAGAGGAGUUCACCCGCGCCGUCUACGUGGCCACGGGCAUCAAGCUGACCCGCCACCUGGUCAACACGGUCUUCAAGAUCUUUGACGAGGAUCGCGAUGGUAAACUCAGCCACAAGGAGUUCAUCGGCGUCAUGAAGGACCGGCUGCACCGCGGCGGCGGGGGUGUCAGAGGGGAGGAGAAGUUCACCUCUUUUAAGUCCUGCAUGAGGAAGGAGCUUUCAGGCAAAUAGGUGGAAAUCCCAUCAUCACUGCAUGUCUUAACUUGACGAGCUGGGCCUCCUCUGCUCUCUACCAGGACAGAAGGGUUAAUGCAUGUUGCAGCGUCUUAUUGCACUAUGUUAGAAGUCUUUAAAUGAACAGGAUGUGGUCGGCCUAAUGGGAAGCUGUUGCAAGUGGUCAAACAAACAAAAAUGACCCAUUAUGAACCUAAAUCUACUUAACGCGGGACUCUAAAUUGGAGUUUGUGUAACUGCUUUUAUCUGCUCAGAAGAUAUUUAACUAUUUAUUGAGUACUUGUAAAUAUAUUUAUCAGUUUAAGAUUGUUAACUUGACUUUAUUUAUUUAUCUAAAAGUCCAACGUUGUCUUAUUACCGCUCUGCCAGUGUGUGUUGUUCAGUUCGAUUCUCCUUUUCUGUACGGCGGCAGCAUUGCUAACAUACUUCGCCCUUCUGUCGGCUCUGCAGCCCCCCUGCACAGAUCAGCUUAGGACAACGCCUCCCCUCCUCCCUAUCCUCCUCCUUCUCCUCCUCCCCCUCCUCCUCCUCUUCCUCCUCCUCUCUCCCAAAGCGCUGCAGCUAAAAUCCUCCAUCCCCUAGAGCCAGCAGGCCUGAACAAACUCACUCAGUCUGCGGAGGCUUUUCCACUGUUUAACUACGGGCAGCUAACAGUGUUAAUCAUUUCUUAGCUAGUCAAAGACGAAGUGCUAUUUUCACGCCACUGGCAGGGAUGACCUCUUUAUAAAUAAAUAUGCAAAAUAUUGAAGCCAUAUGUUUGUUCCACUCUUGGGACGCUCAGCUUAAAUUCGUUUUGGAGCAAUGACCUUCCCUUUACACUCUGUAAGGAAGAGUUUAUCUUCUUUAUAGAAAUCCUUACUUGUACUACUGUACAGUGUUACUGAGGGAUUCUUGAUGGCUGGUGUAAUGUUUGCUUUGGGUGGAGUGUUGUACUGAAAAAGAUAUCAACAUGUUAUGUGAUGUAAUGUUAACCAGACUGAUGUAUUUAUAUUUCAGACUACUUUCUGUUUUGAGUUUGGAUUAGUUAGUCUACCUCUUGAAGAAUUUCGGAAACUUCUCGCCAUAUGUCAUUCUCUUAAAUCAGGCCUCGACUGUUACAGUGAUGCAUUUAUAAUGACAUGGUACAAUAAAUAUAAUGUCAAAUA